CAACACCAAAAACCAUCUUCAAAUGUCAAAAGCAUACAAAAUGGAAUAUCACAGCCUCGACGUAGUCCGGGAGAUCCAAGAAUCCGACGGAUGCAACAACGAGGGAAUCCUGCUUGUCCGCGACAAUACUCGCCAACGUCUUCUCAUCGAGAAGCGUUUCAAACUAUAUGAUGUCUGGAACGGCCCUGCGCAAAAGGAGAUUGAGAUUCUGAAGCAGCUUCGCGGACACCCAAACAUCACGUCGAUUGAGGGCUGGUACCUUCAAGACGGGUCCGUGGAAGAGACAAAGGGAAGCGUCUGGCUCGAUUACUGCAAUCAAGGCACACUUUCCAACGCCAUCGACUUCCUCAAUGAGCAGGAUCGAGAGUUUUCCGAGUUUGAGAUCUGGCAUGUCUUCGCCCAACUUGCCGAAGCAGUAAGGUUUUGCCAGCAAGGUCCUAUCGUUGACGUCUUCUCGUCCACCCUUGCCACCUGGAACCCCAUCUACCACCUCGACAUAAGCCCGUCCAAUGUCUUCUUGACUGUAGAUCAUGGGUGUGAAACAAUGCUGCCACGAGUCCUGCUAGGCGACUUCGGCUGCAGCGCAACACACUUUUCACAGCUGCAAAACGGAGCAAUCCUGGCUGCAGACUCAAGCGCAGAGGUCGAUAAGCCCUUUUUAUGCAUGUGGCAGAAUGCAGAGUUCGCAGCUCCUGAGUCUCCUUACUUCAGCCUCAAGUCGGAUAUCUACCAGCUGGGACUGGUGAUAUACUGCAUGCUGGCAAUGAGGACAUGGGGGAUGGAUGCUGAUUUCGAUGCCAAUUUGAGGAAAGCAGACCAGUACAGCGAGGAGCUGCGUGGACUCGUGGGUGCUUGUCUGGAACAGGAUCCUGCCCAGAGACUGAACAUCACGCAGUUGAUGGGGCGAAUUGCCUCUGGGCUGCAGGCUGAGCAGCGGCGACGAUGGGAGCAGCCGGCCCUUUGA